AUGUGAUAAGAAUGCACAAAACUGGCUGAAAGUAGCAAGGGGGCCGGAACCACCUAUUUGCAGUCCCAAAUUUGAACCAUUCGAAUCGCGCGCCAGCGCUGUUCGCACAGCCGGCAAGGCAGGCAUCCACCUCCUUUCAGUUUUCCGAAUCGGAAAGAUGACAAAGGGUACCUCCAGUUUUGGUAAACGUCGUAAUAAGACACAUACGUUGUGUCGCAGAUGUGGUAGGUCCUCGUACCACAUCCAGAAGUCCAAGUGCGCCCAGUGUGGGUACCCUUCGGCCAAGCUGCGAUCAUACAAUUGGUCCAUUAAGGCUAAGAGGAGGAAGACCACUGGAACCGGAAGGCUCCGCCACUUGAAAAUCGUGCGCAGACGUUUCCGCAAUGGGUUCCGUGAGGGUGGCAAACCAGCCCCCAAGAAGACCACGUAGUUGUUAUAGUUUAUAACAAAUAAAUUUGUGUAAAAAAAUGUUUUUGUUUGAGUAAGUAAAACCCCUUCUUAAAAUACCGUUUAUUAAUAAAAAUAUGCAACUUAUCACUAUAUACAGAAAAAAAUAAAUUAUAACGAAAUUUA